CCAUGUUUAUCUUGUUCAAAUUAGUUAGGGGUUGGAAAGCGUGAAGAGGAUGUAAAGGUUUGAUUAAUACAACUUAAGAAAAACAAUAUUUAGUUUAGCGAAAGAUAAUAUAUUACAUAACACAUAUUAUACAACCGCUAACUAAGUAAUGAGGAGAGGCAAACCAAAUCUUUUGAUACAGUCGGUUUUAACGAAAAGAAAGCCAUGGAUACAGUGGGUGACGGGGAGAGGAGAAGGACAAAAAGUAUGCGAGCCUGCAGGAGAAAUGGGACUCCAAAUGCAAAGUUGAAAAGGGACGUUGGUAAAGUUUUAAAGUCUUUGACUGGGGGGGACGAGGAGGAUGAGGAGGUCCCCAUGGAAGAAGACUGUUUGCCUAGUACUGUUAUUAGAACCGACAACCCUGGACGGAGAAGACUUGGCCCGCGUUACAGCCUGUUGCGUGAGGUCGGCAGGGGUAGCUACGGCGUGGUCUAUGAGGCCUUAUCUAGGAGGUGUGGUACACGGGUAGCUGUAAAGAAAAUCCGCUGUGAUGCCCCCGAAAACGUAGAGCUGGCCCUCGCCGAGUUCUGGGCCCUGGCUAGUCUGGAAAAGCGGCACGAGAACGUGGUGAAGCUGGAGGAGUGCGUUCUGCAGAGGAACGGCAUGGCGCAGAAAAUGAGCCAUGGCAACAAACGAUCUGAGCAAUACCUCAGACUGGUGGAGACUUCACUCAAAGGUGAGAGGGUAUUGGGAUACCCUGAGGAGCCCUGUUACCUCUGGUUUGUUAUGGAGUUCUGUGAAGGCGGGGAUCUAAAUCAGUUUAUAUUGUCCCGGAGACCCGACCCAGUGACCAACACUAGCUUCAUGCUACAGCUUACCAGUGCUGUGGCCUUCCUGCACAAAAACAACAUUGUUCACAGGGACUUGAAACCAGACAACAUCCUCAUCUCGGAGAAGUCAGGGGUCCCUGUGCUUAAAGUGGCCGACUUCGGGCUUAGCAAGGUCUGUGCCGGCUUCGGUGGGCGAGAGAAAGCAGGGCAAAAUGGGAACAAAAACGUCAAUGUGAACAAGUUCUGGCUCUCGUCUGCCUGUGGCUCUGAUUUUUAUAUGGCCCCGGAAGUAUGGGAAGGUCACUACACCGCUAAAGCGGACAUCUUCGCCCUUGGUAUUAUAAUGUGGGCCAUGAUUGAGAGGAUCACAUUUAUCGACUCCGAGUCGAAGAGAGAGCUUCUUGGCACAUACAUCAGACAGGGUACUGAGAUCGUUCCUGUGGGAGAAGCACUGCUAGAAAACCCAAAGAUGGUACUGCACAUCCCUCAGAAACGGAGGACGUCCAUGUCGGAUGGAAUCAAACAGCUGCUAAAGGACAUGCUAGCGGUCAAUCCACAGGACCGGCCGGACGCCUUUGAGCUGGAGACCAGAAUGGAUCAGGUUACAUGUGCUGCUUGAAUCUUAGAUGCUGAGAAGAUUACUUAUUUCAGAAUUACUUACUAAGGACCUGGUAUUCCAUGUAUUACUGCGAUGGCGUGGAGAGAGCAAGCAAGAAAGAGUACUCUUUGUCACCUAACUGUUGAAGCCUCCAUAAAAAAGCUGUAACGUGAAAAA